AUGAAAGAAAGUAUAGAAAAACUAAACACACCACAUGCGUUCAUCUGCAAAGUAUUGAUUCUUUCUAAAAAAUUGUAAUUUUCUCGAAUUUAUUCUAAAAUUGCAUUAUGUUUCUAUGUUACCUAUAUUUCUUGUGAUGAAUUUGUCGAUUAGUAAAAGUGAAUGAACUAUGAAAAAUAAGUCGAUAUCUAAUAAUUUGUUGCUUUAAUUCAAUUCAAUUCAAGUGAAAAUUUGAAGGUAAUCAUGAAUGAAAUAAUACUACCAGAAAGAAUAAGUUCAUAUGAGGAUAUACUGGAACUUCGUAAGGAUAUACUGUCCCGUUACAAAUCCCUCAAAAAAUCAGUACUCUCUACUUUCCAAUUUUAUCGAGCCCAACAAACUUUCAUUCAUUUCCAAAACGAUGUUCAAGACUUCUUAUCCUUAUUGGAAGAUAUCAGUGAUGGUGUCCCAAAAGAUAAUUUGGAUAGUUUAGAUAAUAUUCAGGCAAAAAUAUUCAAACAUGAAAACAUUCAAACUGAAUUUGGAGCACGAAAAUGUGAAAUGGAUGCAUUGGAACAGCUUGGACUCAAAAUGAUAAAAGAAAACCACGAAGAUUCGGAUGAAAUAAUGGAAUUAACAUGCAUAAUGAAGCGAGAAUGGGAAAAAUUUCGAUCCAGUUUAGAUGAUCACAUCGAAGUCCUCAGACUGAAGAAACAAUACAUAGAAUACUUGCGCAAUUUCGAUAAACUUGAUGCAUGGAUAGACAAAAAAAUGUUUUUUCUUGAACAGAAAAUUUUCUUCACUAAUCUAGGGGAUAUCGAAAAUUAUGUUCACACUAUCAAUGUGCUGGAUAAAAAGGUUGCUAGAAUGGAUAUCGAGGUGGAAGAAAUGAAAAGGACUUCAGACUUUUUCAUCAAAGAUGACUAUUCAGAAAGCUACAAUGUUUCACAGCGAAAAGAGAAAUUGAUUGAGAAUUGGGCAACACUUCGAGAUAUCGUCUCCUCAAGAAAAUUACAAUUGUCUGAAUUUAUGCGUGUAUACAAAUUAAAGUGUAAGAUAGAUCAGUUUAUGAGAUGGAUGGAUCUGAAAUAUGAAUAUUUUUCCGACUAUAUCGAAGAAUAUACAGCAGAACUGAAGACCCUACUGAAACAACAGGAUGGGAUGGAAAAAAUUUUAACGAAUAUGGAAUCAAAACUGGAUGAUAUUAUUGAAGAACAUGAUGAAUUGGAACCAGUGUAUAAGGCUUACUGUGUUGACGGCCUUAUCAUAGGAAAGAGGGUACUUCUACAAAAAUGGCUUGAACUUAAAAUCAAAGCAAAGGAACGUGGGAGGAAUUUACGAAAUUUGUGCAGAUGCAACGCAUACUUGGAAGAAGUCAUAGAGUUAAUAGAAUGGAUGAAUGGUUAUUAUAACAUCAUUGCUACACAGCGCAUAGCACCAAAAACUGAUGAUCCUGAGAUGACAUUACAAAUUUGUCAAAUCUACAGAGAUGUUUUCGACAUGAGAAAAACAGCUCUGGAACAGGCACCAAAAGUUGGGGAACAAAUUUCAGCAAUUUUUCCAGAAAGAAGUGAUGAAAUCGCUGAACUGAUAGAAGAUGUAGAAACCGGCAGACAGGACAUAACCGAAUUAAUUGAGGAACAAGAAAGCCUUUACCAAUCGAGACUGGAGUUCCGAAAACUCAAUCGGAAAUACGACGAAAUGGAAAAUUGGCUAAAACAAAAGGAGGCAUUCCUAGUUCUUGAUGAGGAUGUUUUGAAUUGCUUCGAUAGUGUACAAGAAUUGAUAGAGGAACACAAGGAAUUUGAAAUUGUUUUUGAUAACGAGGCAAAAAGAAUCACAUUUCUAGUUGGAGAGGAACCUGAGGUUGAGAAAUUGACUGAAAUCCAAGAUUCAGUGAUAAAUAUAAGAAGAGCAUCGAUUACUUCUACAUAUGAAACUAUAAAGGCAAAAUCAGAUAAGAGAUUGCAACACUUGUUGGAGGCAUUGAAAGUGCAAAUAUUUUAUGCAGACUGCGAUGAUAUCGAUAGAUGGAUCAACGAAAGGCUCAAAAUAGUCACCAAUGAAAGUUUCAUAGAUCCCUCCUGUAUAAGUGGGUGUAUUGCAUCUAAUAAUCUUAUUGUAAAUGAAUUAGUUGAUUACACAAAAAUAGUUUAUGGAUUGGUAGUCAGAGAACGGAGGUUGAAGAAUGAAAAACAUUUUGCAGCUGAAACUGUAAGAAAACGAGUGCAAGGAAUUCUUGACUGCUGGGAAUCUUUGAAUCACAAGACACUGGACAGAAUAUCUAAAUUGGAAACAAUGCACGAGUUACGAACUUUUCUUCUAGCAACAACAGCAUUAGAGCUCCAGCUUAAAGAAUACCAGGAAAGGCUAGAUCAUCAAUAUAUUUUUCAUGAUGGGGAAAUAUCGAAUAUACUGAAAGUAGAACUCAAUCUUGAAACUUUAGAACGAGAUGUCCGGGUUUCUCAUAGACAAAUGCAUAAUAUAAAACUAAAAGGAAUGUACCUUAUCAAAAACGGUUUUAGCAGUGCUCGAACAGUUAUGAAUAGAAUACGUAAAUUGAGCAAAACACGCUGGACUCUCACUGAUAUAAUAGAGAAGAAACAGCAGGUUAUAAGCGAUGCUCGUAAAGAAAGUGAACUAUUCAUGGAUAUAGGGGAACAAAUGAAAUGGAUUAAUCAGAAAAUAUAUAGUCUCAGUGUAUUCCAGACAGAGCUUGGCUUACUUGAUGUCCAACACUUGACUUCUAGAUACAAAACUAAAAAAGGUGAAAUAAUAGCUCGUGAGAAAGAAAUAUAUGCUCUACGUAAUAUUGGGAAACGAAUGAUAGCUAAAAAUCAUUAUGAUAAAGAUGAGAUCCUUAAAAAUUUAACCAUUUGCCUCAAAGCCUGGAAUUAUUUGAAAAAAAAGAAUAGACAGUACCAACUGAAUCUAGAAGAGGCCAAUCGGAUCUAUAAUUAUUUUGCUGAAGCUGAAUUGCACGAUGCAAUCAUGAAAGAAAAACAUUUUGUUCUGAGCAACAAAGAUUAUGGAACUAAUGAAGAUUCAUCAACUGCAUUAUUAAGAAGACACGAAGUCUUAAUCGAUGAUUUGAAAGCAUUCGGUCGAAAAAUCGAAGAAUUGAAGAAACAAGCAGAUAUUUGUAGGCAAACGGAGCUAAAAGUGACUAUCACCGAUGAGCGAGAAACAGUUGUAGCUGUGGAAAAUUAUACAUCAAGAAAUCCAAAAGAACUCACCGUUAUGGUAGGAGACUGCCUCACCUUAGUUAACCCUUCUCAUGAGAUUUGGUGUAAGGUUGAGAAAGAUGGACACCAAGGAUAUGUGCCUAAGAAGUGUCUAUCUAAAAUCAAACCUAGAGAAAAAAAUUCCAUCUGUCCAAUUUUGAGCAGACAGAUUGAAUUGGAAAAGCAGUACAAUGAGCUGAUAGAAUUAACAGAAAUACGUAGAAAAAAAUUGGUGGAUACAGUCACAGCAUUUUCUCUCAUACGGGAAUCUUCAGAAAUAUCUUCUUGGAUUAAGGUGAAAGGAGCAUAUGUCCUGGAAGGCGAUAUUGGUGAAAGUGUAGAGGCUGUUGAAAUUAUGCAAAAAAAAUUCAAUGAUUUUCAGUCAGACCUUGCAGAAAUGAAAAUAAAGCUUAUAGGGAUGUUAACAAAAACAGAAAAAUUACUGCCCUUGCUUGAAGAUGAACUGAGACAGAUGGUAUCUAAUAAUACGGAGGAUAUGAAAUUCAAAAUGCAACAACUUCAAGAAAUCAGCAGAAACCGAGAUUUACAGUUAAGCUCUGCUCAUGAUCUCCAAAGAUUUUACAGGGAUCUGGAUGAAACUGAAGACUGGAUUCAGGAGAAAGAUAAAAAACUUGAUAAUACUGAUACUGGCGAUAGUUUGAAAACCGUACGAACCUUGCUGAGAAAACACAAAGGCUUGGAGAAUGAAUUACGUGUCUUACUCUACAGGAUAAAAGAACUCGAGAAGACUGCAGAUCGGCUCAGCCACAAAUAUCCUGAGAAUGCCGAACAAAUAAAUUCUAAACUAGAGAUAAUACACGAGAUGUGGAGUGAACUCUCAAUGAAGGAAAUGAACAGGAAGUAUGACCUUACUGAUUAUUUUGAGCUGUAUAAAUUUUGUGCAAACUAUGAUCAUAUAAAGGCAUGGAUGGACAGAAUGAUAGCAGAUCUGAACAGCAUAAUAUGCACACAGGAAUUUCACAGUGCAGAGAUUCUUGUGAUAAACUUUGAGGGGAUCGUCUCAGAAAUUGAAAAAUUCAAACCCAACAUCGAAGUUCUUCAAGAGUAUGGAGAAACUCUCAUCAAUUACAAUCAAAAAGUCGACAACGAUGUCCAAGUCAAACUAGAUAUGUUAAAUCAAUACUGCGAGCUGUUAGAACAAUUGAAAAAUUCCAAAUAUGAAUUGGUUCAGCAGAAUCUUGUAAUAAAUACGUUUCUUCGACAAUGUGAAAAUUUGGAAUAUUGGUUGACUGAUAAGGAAGCACUUCUGAACACUUCUGAUGAUAAUGAUAAACUCAUCACUAUGCACAAAAAAAUGGAAGAAUCCCUAAACAAGAAAGAAAUAGAAUUCAUAGUUAUGGAACAAGACAUGCGUAAACUGUUAUAUUCUGGUUAUGAUGAUAUAGAAAGAGUACUUAAAAGAACUACAAAAAUAUCUGCUCGCUGGAAAAAUUUGAGAGCCUGUCAUUCAAAGAAACGUUUGCAACUAAAGGAAACUCAAACUCUACAACAAUUUUCCCUAGAAGCGGACGAAAUUGAAUAUUGGAUUGACGAGAAACUUCAACAAGCCACUCAAGAAAAUUACAGAGAUACGGUUAACAUUAAAUCCAAAUUGUUGAAGCAUCAGGCGUUCGAAGCUGAAAUUGAAUCUAACACUAGACGCGUUAUGGAAGUUUUGGGCAAUGGUCGUCAUUUAAUAUAUAACGAAGAAUCUGAAAAGUUAAAGCAAGCAGUUCGUGAACGCUUGGGGAAUAUUUCUAGGCAGUGGGAUUACCUUCAAGAAAAGACCAAGGAAAAGAGUGAAAAACUCAAGGAAGUUUCUAAACAAUAUGAUCAUAUAAUGGGCAUCAAAUAUAUCAACUUUUGGAUGGGUGAUAUUGAGACCCUUUUGAUAAAUCAGGACAUAGGGAAAGGCCUAAAUGCUGUGAAGAACUUGUUAGGACAACAUAAGGUCAUUGAGGAAGAUAUAGCAGCCCAUUGGAUAAAAAUUAAAGAUUUGGAAAAGGAAGCCGACAAAAUAUUCACCAGCGAUAGUAUUUUUGACAUCGUAUCGAUUAAAGAAGAACACGAAAAUAUGGUUCUCCGUUACAGAAGAAUUGAGGAAUUAGCAUCUCAAAGAAAGGCGCGAUUGAAGGAAAAAGAUGCGCUUUCCCAAUUUUUCGAAGUAAUUGCCGAUAAAGAGGCUUGGAUGAAGGAAACUGCUCUGAGAAUCGAUGAAAAAAAUCAACCGAAAUUCAAAUGCGACAAAACACAACCGACGUUUAGAUUUCAAACAUAAGAUUAGAACAAAUGAAGGGAAUUCCUAUAUCUGGUUUUAUUCAUACAAUUAACCCAAUUACAACAAAUUAUUUAUGUAUUUUUUUAUGUUAUUUUUUAUAUUGUAAGCAUUUUUUUUAUGUGUGAUGUAUUUUAUAUUGUAAGCAUUUUUUUCAUGUUUCUCUGGCUAUCAAAAUGAUAGUUCGCUGUUCCUCUUGAUCAAAUAUAUAAUUACAGU